UUUGAGCCCCAAUCACCAGAUCGCCUGAGCGCAUUCAAGCAGCAAACCCCAUUGGGACAAUUCAUCAACUCCGCCAAAGACGUAAUUGUUGAUUCAGCUGAAGACUGUGCUCUGGAAUGCGGGCGAACAGAAUUUUGCACAUCAUUCAGUGUGACACCCAUCACUGAAUCCUCGCAGAAAAAGAGCAUCUUGUGCAGAAUCCCGGAUCCAAAAGAUACCUACUGGAAAGAGAACAAUGCAACAACUUUGUACUUCGAGCCUGUUUUGACUCGCAUGCGUGGUGUUAACUUGGCAACAGACGGGAAUUUAUACCUGGUCACGUUUGCCCCUGAUGAGCUUAUAACUACUUCUGACCACAUGAAGAAAUGCGAGUUUUUCGCUGGAGUCCUGGCUCCAAUGUAUCCCCGCAAGAGGGCAGCAGCAAUAGAGGCUAUGACUGUAAAGGCGUAUCCUGCUUCAAUGGCGGACCAACCCGCAGCUGCAGAAAUCCCACCCGGAUUCACUCAGGCUGAAGAUGGAAGGUACUACAAAAUAGUGACCAGUGCUUCUGGAAUGAGUCAACACUCUGGAGAGUUGAAGCUGGUGCCAAAUGCCAGUGACCCCGAACAGGUCUGGUCCACCUCAUCAGCAAUCCCAAGCCCAGUCACUGCCUCGCACUGCAUCACACUCAACAAAGACACUGCCAAUGGAGACCCGUUUUGGAACGCCGUGGAUUGUUCAUCCACUCUGAUCACCUCUUACGUGUGUGAAGCCAGUCCGCCUUACUUUCAGAUCCCGUCGACCAAACGCUGGUUCCGUAUCUCUUUGUACCCCAAAGUGAUCCCCGUUGGCCACAUGUCAGCCGGGUGGCUCUGUCAACGCGACGGUGGUACUCUGGCACCAACCUACGGCCCAACCGGAUUGCCUACAUUGACCAAUGCUUUGUCGUGGGUCAUCGAGAAGACUGAUCUGCGUUUGUAUGCUUGUGGGGCCAACUUGCAGAAUGGUUCAUGGACCAUGUGCGGAGCCGCCACUUUGGUGGCUGUGAAGGCGGCUGUCAAUGAAAAUGGCGGAAUUGCCUUGGAUGACCUGGAGGCAACCCUUAGAAAGAAUGCCAAGCUGAUUUUAAAAAGUCUGAGGGGAAAGCUGGGCUACAACAAAAAAAGGUCGCCUCAUCACCUGAGUGGAUUCCAGAAGCAACACCAAUCAGGACAAUUCAUUAACUCUGCCCAAGACAUAAUUGUCGAUUCAGCUGGAGACUGUGCUCUUGUAUGCGGACGUACAGAAUCUUGCACAUCAUUCAGUGUGACACCAUUUGAGACCUUGCAGAAAAAGGGCAUUUUGUGCAGGAUCCCUCCUCCUACGGAUACCUACUGGAAAGAAAACAAUGAAACAACUUUGUACUUUGAACCGCCUUUGCCUAACUUAAGUGAGGUUCAGUUGGCAACGGAUGGAAAUUUCUACAAGGUGACGCAUGCCGAUGAUGAGCUUCUGAUUAGUUCUGACCACAUGAAGAAAUGCGAUUUUUUUAAUGGAGUCCUUGCUCCGGUGUAUCCCCGCAAGAGGGCAGCAGCUAUAGAAGCUAUGAAUGUCAAGGCAUAUCCUGUUUCACUUAUUGAUGGCUGGUGGAUUUCAGCUGUUGGAUUUGGGACAGCGGAUGGAAAGCUAUUCAUGCCUACA